AUGGCGCCCGCACCAACUGUUGAGCCCGGCGCUAUCAAAACACUACCUGCCAGUCUAGCAGCGACAGCGAUGCCCGAUCCAUCCGACUCUCCUUCCACAGAUGGAAGGCUUCGAUUUGAUGCCAGCACAAUAGCAGCUGUAGCCCUUGGUGUAGCAUUGUUUUUCACUAUCAUUGGGGUUAUCGGCUACUGUUUCUGGGUACAGAGACAGAAGAGGAACCGUUACAGAUAUCAAGUUGACGGCCUACGUGGCCAUUGGGCUCGUAUUGAACAGCCGCCAGCGCCCGUACAGACAGAGAAAACAAACUUCCCGCCAGCAUAUGCGAAAAGGAUUUCUUUCUCUGCUCGACCUUCUUUUUCUAAGCCUUCAGCUGGAAUUGAUAUUACGCAAAUCGGACAUCCAAAACUUAUUCAAAGUUCUCAAGAUAUUGAUCCCGUCUUUGCAGAACCAAAAGCUGCAUAUAUUCGUGCACACAAAGGCUCAAUUGCUGCCAUAACAGAGCCACAGAUUGGCAAUGUCGAUUUCGUACCGGAAAAGAUGGCACCGCACACGGCCACAGCCAUCCCACCGAUACCACCCACAGUGGAAAUUGCAAAACCCCCAGCAGUUCUUACUAUGGAUCCAAAAAAACGACAGAAUGCUCCAAAGCUUAGCCUCCAGACAUCAACAAAGCCUAGGGAUUCUAUCAAUAAUAACAUCACGAGCACAAUAGUGGCUGGGCUGCCAACCAACAUCUAUGUACCACCGACACCCUCGAGGACCGGCUUUGGUGAUGUACCUUUCACACCUAGGACACCUCGACGAAUGGAUUUUGGCCCCGAGCCCCAGGCGUUCAAAUCCGACAAUCAGAAGUCCCAGUUCGAGUGCUUCUCGCCCAACAAUACUCGGGCAUAUCGUAACCCAACUCCAAAGGAACGGUAUCGAUUUUCCGACCCUACAACACCUACCCCCGCAAGUGUGAGAUCCGUCCGUUCGUUAUCAUGGAAUGGCCGUACAAACGAUCAUACAGCGGGGUUUCAAACAAUCACAGUGCAGACACCAAUCUCACCUCAUCAGCUUAGAUCACCUACUAUUUGCUUCCCAAGGCACCAAAAUUUGAUUCCUGGUGAUCACUCAGACCUCGAUCGUGAAUCAAUGCAAACACAUCCCCACUCUCGAAUUGUUAGUUCCCUAAGCACACAACAUCAUAAAUCAAGUUCUCCGCCAGAGGAGCCACAUCGAAAAAUAAAGAAACCAAAGCUUAAGAUUAUCCCAGCGAAGGACGAUGACGAAAUCCUAACCGACGAUGACGCAUCUAUUAUAGAAAGCGAAUGUGAUAGUAGUGAUGAAUCGUCGGAGACUACUGCCAAAAUGUUCACCCACAAUAACCGUAGUUCGGUUCGAACAGGACGCACUGGCAGUACCCGUUUCUCACAAGACUCAAUACCGAACCCUCCCCUUACACCUUUCUAUGGGGAAGUGAAGGACAACAAUCCAUACAUCAACCAAAUGGAAGCAAAACGCAAAGCCAAUGGGUUAACUUUAAGUACGAUGGAUACUCCAACCAGGACCCUAUCUUCUCCAGGUAUUGAAAUAGUGACCAGACCCGGCGAUGAAUCACCUCCACUCUCGCCAGUUACAUUCCGCAUUGAUACCAACCCUGGAUCCAUGACACCCAAGCUACCAUACAAAUUGGAACCUUAUGAUCGUAUUGAAGCCGACAGAAUUAACGAUGGAUCAUAUCCCCCUGAGUGGAAAAUACAGAUGGAACGUCAAGCUACUGAAGAAGGUCUCGCCCGAAGGGAGCGUGACCCACGGCCCAAGUCAAUCGGCAAUAGUCUCGCACCGCCCACUAAGAGCUCCAAAACCAAGGGCGUCUCUUUCCGAUUGAGCGGUCAUCGUCGAGACGCUUCCGACGAGAAACCAAUUUUGCCUAAGAUUGACGUCUCACUUGCGGAAACUAUGAAGCAAAUGCGACCAAACUUUUACAAAAUCGGAACAAAUGACAGCGAUAUUUCAAUGAUCUAA